AAACAUUUUAAAGGUUAUCGGAAGAAUUUUUGUGAUUUUAGAUUAUUUUUGAAUCGUGGUUGAAAUAAGAAAUAAAUUUAAGAUGGAAAACUUGGACAUAAAAUCCUGCGUCGUUCCUGGGUGUGGGGCAAAUUCGGAAUUGUGUCCUUAUCUGUUUUUUCUUAAAGUUCCGCAAAAUCCCGAUCGUCGAGUCGAUUGGUGUGAUGCUAUGGGCGUUGCGUCCCGGAAAGGACGACUUUAUUGUUGCACCCGGCAUUUUGACAUUCCAGGAGAUUUCGAUGGUGAUGCCUCUUCGGACAAAUCAAGUGGGAUCCGAUUAAAGCUCAGAGGGGAUGUGCUCCCACAUAAAGGAAUUACAUUUCAAAAGGAUGUAAAGAACAUUUAUUCGUUGUUUGAUCAGAUGAAAAGAAACGGCAAGCUUGAGAGGAAUUGUAAAUAUCUUUUACCAGCAAUCGAACAAGAUCUUAAAAUAAAAGUGCCGCUGAAUAUUAAACCUUCAGUGAUGGAGAAAACUUAUCUAUUUCUUAUUGAAAAGAUAAAUGAGUACUUCAAAGCUGAUCGUGUGCAAUCUAGAUAUCAAUUGGUACAAUAUCUGAACAACAGUAGAGAUGCAAUCACUGGAAUAGCUAACGAGAAGCCUUCUAAAGGAACAUUACAGAGUUCUAUCACACUUAAAACCAUUCAACCGUUUCUACAGUACGACUCUGUUGGAUGUUUGGAUUUACAGAUUGACUAUAAGCAAUUGGAGCAGCUGUAUUUUGUAUGUGAAUCCAAUCAGUUAAAUGCAUAUUUUUGUUCGAAAAAUAAUCUUACGCAGCCUAUUAGAACAGAUAUCAGUCAUUUGUUUUUCACACCUGGUAUAGGAGUGCAUUUAACUCUUCCAUUCUUCGAAAUAUCGAGAGGAAUUAUUGCUAAUUCAGAAAAGUAUGUAGUAGAUCAGAAAAGCAUUCUGAGGCCGUCGGAAACCAAACUAAAUGGCAUGGAAAAAUUUCAAAAAAUAGAUAGGCCUUAUCGUUUGAAGUCGUCCAAAGUCGGACAAAACGCAACGUUGGAAUAUUUGGAUAUUUUGAUCAAUUUGUUUGAAUCGUAUGAAUUUACGACGAGCCACGCUCAGCGCUCAGCACUGAAAAUUUUGCUACAACAAAUCAGGAAGGAACUUUCAGAGUAUGAAAUGAAGGAAUUGCAGGUGACUUACGGUUACUAUCUAGCUAGUCAUAAAUACUACCGUAUUAUAAAUAAUGACAUUAAAUCCGAGGCUGGUGACGAGAACAGUUAUAUGCAUGUGAAAGAAGUGAUUAAUCCAGAAGUCAAUUUCCAAUUUAUCAAUACGAUCGACAUUGAUUCAGGAAACAUUGAUAUGAUUCAGGAAUAUUUCCGCCCAGUUCUCGAGUAUGUAAAUGAAGAACAAAAUCCAGCCGAUGGUGAGUCAUACUUGAGAUUUGCUGAUAAGCUUAAGAAAGCCAUCGUAUACACCUGCCUGGAGUGCAAUGCUACGUUUGAUUCUCAUGUUGGGAUCGAGAAACAUCGUUUUCAAGGAUCCAAAAAAUGGAAGUGUGUGAUUUGUCAUAAGUCGUUCCCAGAAAAUGAGAUUGUUGAUGAAAAGUGGAAGCACGAAUGUAAUAGUGGCUAAAAAAAUAUUCUUUAUUCAUUAAAUUCGAAUAAAAUUGAGCUUAUUACGAUGGAUACUCAA